UGGUCGAAUACUCAGGUCGUGAAUAUUUACAUUAUUUUCACACAACUACACACAGUUGAAUGGGAUAUAAUUUUGAAAUGCUUUAGUGCUUCUGUUUACCACGAUUUCAAUUGAAUGACGAUCUAAACCUAAACCCAAUUCAAAAGCGUUUUCCAAUAUGGGCGCGCACGGAACCGUGUCGCCCAAUCUAGAGUGGUUGACAGUCGCCUGAAAGCUUUAAGCAUGGCCGACAUUAAAGUGCAUGGGCUCCGAACAGGUUCCGACAGCUAACAAUAGCUGUACAAAAAACCUGAAGAACGAGUUUUCCUGGUUUUACAGAAGAGUAAUAAUAGCAUGAGUUUGGAUACAUGUCCGAGUGAGGACUUGAAGCCAGAUUCUCACUCGGAGGUGCACAACUUUGACACCAACAAUAAUGACGGAUGCGACAAGACCGACGACGAUGACGACAUCAAGGGCGGCCAGCAGAGCCCCGACGGCGGCCGGGGUUCGCCGACGACAGACGGGCCUCCAGACGACAUCCGUGGGUUCUAUGGUCACCCGCUCACAGUGGCGACGGCGGCGGUGGACGAUGACACGCAAGCGUCGGCGGUGGCCCUGUUGCACGAGUACAUAAAUCUCCCCGCUCUCGACAGGAGCGGUAUGAAAAUAGGGGAGACAAUCAACUCUAUAUAUGACAUUAUGAGGGACGACGGCGCGAUUGCCAAGAUUGACGGACCGGAAGGGGAGUACAUCCAGCUACUGCAGACUACCCUAGCCUCAGACGUGGACAAGUUCUUUAACCGUGAAUGCGGGGAUGCCAGCUCUGUCACUUCCGGUGGGUCGCUCCUGGAGGCAGUCACCUCAGGCCUGGCGCUACAUGGCGGCCCCCAGGGCAUAAACACCCUCAACGAGGAGGUCAUUCAUGAGGUUUGCGUGGAGACGUCAUGCAUGAACGCGGAAGGUGACGUCAUUUUUACCGGCGUACCGGAGGGAAUUCAAGAACUUGUGGAGUCACCAGACUCUGAAAUCAUAGUGCAUGAGGAGCUUGCUAUGCCGAGCCUGGACGCUGUGAGAAAUGAGCCGCCUUCACAGGAGUGCGCGGCCACCGGAAAUGUAGCCCAGACAGCAGCGCCUUUGACUUGUCAUGUGAAAAGUGCUCCUGGAAACAGUCGUAAACGAGAACUUAAACUUCACGGAACUGAGAAAGCGCAAGAAAUAUCAAAGACACUUGUCAAAGCUUUGACGGAGAAACUGAAGAAAAGGAUGAACGCAAAAGCUGUUGUGAAGCCGUCUGAAAAGACGGAACUGGAAACAGCCGUGUCGGCAAUCCCAUCAUUUAAAUCGGACAUUCCAAAUCAUGUCACAUCUACACCGAUUGUUAUGUCAAGCACGACACCAAAUGCAGAAAAUGGACAUGGAGCUACCUCAUCAUUGUAUUCAAAAGUGUUGCCCGUGGACUCCACAGGUUCCGUGGUAGCAGCCUCAUUGCCAACAUACCAGGCCGCGGUGGCACAGAGGCCACCUCCUGCUGACCCCGGCACUCUCCCAUCAUCGACCCUCCCCACGACACAACCCUGUGAUCAGACUAGCACGACACACCAGUGCUCAAGUGUAGACCUACAAUGUACAACAAGUGCAAUUCCGGUAUUAACACCUUGUGUAAGUGCGGACAGUAUCAUCGCCAAACAUCCGCAGUUUAUGAGAACACAGUCCGUACCAAGCCAGAAAAACAAUCAAAAUGCAUUCCAAAGUGUUCUUAGUCCUGAAAAAGGUGCUAUUCCUACUGUGCCUCCUCGGCCGUUCCUCCCUCCACCUAACUACUUCCUGCCCGGCGUCCACCCCGUAUACCCGCCAUAUAUGUUCCCACCGCUGCAGGCGCCUGGUGCCUCCCUGCAGACGGCCGAGAGGGAUGCGCUGAUGGAACGGUACAUGUCUCAGGGCGUCUAUAUGCCCGAGGCCCCGGUGCCGGUUCUGGGGCCUGCAUGUGCACUGAAGAGGAACCCGUCUGCGGUGAGAUCUCCAGAUGGAAAUGAUAGUGAUGCCCCACCAAGAAACCAUAAUAAUGUGCAAUAUCCGGAGAAGCAGGACAGCGAUUGUGAGCAGCGGGGGCGCGUCACGAAGCGCCGGAAGUCCGAGCCGUCCAUGGCUUACGUGAAGCAAUGCUGGCCGCCGCUGCCUGUUGAGCGGGGACCCCGGGGAACAACCCUUAAACUGAGUCAUGACACCAGCGGGUACCGGUAUUUUGUCGAGUGCCCCAUCUCCACUACCCAGAAGGCCGACUUGGACCGCAUGACUUACCUCAAUAAAGGCCAGUACUACGGUCUCACCCUCGAGUAUACUGGCCGACCCAAGAACCAAAUGGUAAAGUCUGUGGUGAUGGUGGUGUUCCGACAGGACCGACAUCUGGGGGACGAGCGGAAGGCGUGGGAGUUCUGGCAUAGCCGCCAGAACAGCUUCAAACAGAGGGUCAUAGACAUAGACACGAAGAACAGUGUCGGUGUGAACCCUAACGCUACAGAGGAGAUUGCUUUCAACGCGGUGGUUGUCCGCUGGAACACCAAGGAUUCACCGGUCAAGGUGUCCGUAGCAAUUCACUGCCUCAGCACGGAUUUUAGCAAUCAAAAAGGGGUCAAGGGCCUGCCGUUGCACGUGCAGAUUGACACCUAUGACAUUUCCAGUUCCGGGAAGGAGGCAGGACCCGUCAGCCGGGGCUUCUGCCAGAUCAAAGUGUUCUGUGAUAAGGGUGCUGAGCGGAAAAUCCGCGACGAGGAGCGCCGGAAGCACUGCAAGACCAGCCUUAAAGAGGAGUCCGUAACCAAAGGUCGUCGGCGGCAGGAAGAUCAGUAUCACCCGAUGACGGAGCGCUCCGAGUUCUAUCCUAUGGCGGAUCUCCUCACGCCGCCCAUCCUCUUCUCGCCGUCAUUUGACGCCAAUGACAGCGGACGGGGAAGUCCAAUGAAUCUCACAAUGAAUGAUGAGGAAUGCAGUUCAAGUAUCACGAGUAGCGGCGAUCACUACGACAGUUCUGAUGACGCCAGUUUCGUGGCGAAGCGGCCGCGCUUAGACCAACUGGAACCAUGUCCACAAAUCUUCAUGCCCCAGCCGAAAGUCCUUAUAUACGUGCGAGAGCGACAAGACGCGGUGUUCACGGCCAUCAUGAUAUCCCCACCCACCCUAGCUGGCCUCCUACACGCAGUUGAAGAAAAGUUCCAUGUACCGAUGUCAAAAAUAAAGAACUCCUACAAACGAUCUAAAAGGGGAAUCCUUGUCCGCAUGGACGACAACAUCAUCCGCCAUUACUCGCACGAGGCGACAUUCAUCAUUGACCUGACGCAGGAAGGAGCUGACUAUGAGCUCAUCCUAUCGGAAAUUGACGUCAGCCCUCUCCCACAUUGAAUGACGCAUGACGUCUCUGAAACGGAACCAUGGCGUCAUGAUCAGGCUGCCCCCACUGUAUGAGGUCGCCGCCAAUCAUUGUGCUCACUUUAACUUAUUUAAAAAAUGUGCUGAUUGUUAAAUACUCACGAAAUUGUGUAUUAAUUAACGAUAUUGCAUUUCCGUGCAGAAGUGUUCAGAUAUUUGCCUAGAGGUCAAACAUCCUUUGGUAUCUUAUAAAUGUCUUUUUGUGAUAAAUCAUCACAGUUGGACAUUGAUAUGAACCACAAGUAGGUGAAAGUUGGAUUGAAGGAAUGUCCUAUAUGCAGGAGAUCUCAAUGCCAUGUAAUACUCCAUUUAUGCAAGUAGCCACAAUACUCAGAUUAAAAAUGGGUUACCAGGGUAAUAAUGUUUGCUACAUAUAUAAAUAAAUAUAUAUAAACAGGCGAAUUAUGCAAUGAAUGCAGAAAUUAGUGAUUGAGUUGUUGCUGACUUUUAGUGACUUACUCCUUAAGUGCUACUGCUGAAUUAUAUUAGUGUUAUUUGAUGAAAUCCGCCGAUUGCCGGUAUUAAGUUGUUAGCCAUACAUAUCAUGAAGUAGGUAAUGUAUUGAUAUUUUUCAAAAAGGUUAGGCGAUAAAAUAUUCGUUUAUAUGUAUAUGUAUUGUAAGCAUACAUAGUUAUUUGCUAGAUUUUACAAAGAAUUAAUUAUAAAUUAAACCACAAAUUAUUUGAACAUAUUUUACACUGUUUUAGGACACAAAUGGAAAGGGUUCAACAUCAGUUUAAUAUGAUAAUACUAUAACGCAUUGCACUCUUUCAUUUAUUUUGUUAGGGAAUUAAGAUAUAGCUCUAGUCAAUGAAAAUGCAAAACUUUACUUCUUUUAAAAAUUUUAGAUCUUUAACGUUGAAAAACUUAGAUCUUUAACGUUGAAUCUUUCUUGUGUUGAAAGGAACAGUGAAUGCCUUUUUUAUAUUGUUGAUUAAUUGUUGUUUAAGAGAAAGAAAUUUAUAUUUUAUUUGUUCUUUAUGCAUGACAUUGAAAUCAGACAUGUUCUGAAUAAAAAAUGAAA